GAUGCAGCCUUGAACCAUUAUUAAGAGCGCACUAAGAAGGUGGCAUUCCGUUAACUCUUAGUUUUUAGCCCUAGUGUGUAUCGUAUCAUCCACGUGCAAUGCCAGAAAUAGGUAUCGCAAGACACGGUCGAUCACGUAUUUUCUAAUGUGAUAUCAUAAAAAAAAACAGUAGUUUCUACAUACAAGAAUGCUUGGUAUGAGAUUCUAUUCUUUUCAUCGUUAGAAUGGUAUCUAUUGUUUGUAUGUCGAGAAUCGGGAAUGCUCAGAUAGUGUUGGGAUAUCCACAGUAUAAACUGGCUUCGACCUAUCUGUAAUGAAAUCAUGUGAGUGUGUCAUGUCAGUGUUGGCAGAGCAGCCCACUGCUGUACUGAGAGACAUUCGCUUGGCGCCCACCACUCGGUUAGUGGAGCGGUCGUUGCCAUCGCCGAGUCUCUAGUGACGGCAACCAUUUUCUAAAUUUAGAUGAGGUGAUGAAUUAGUUGUAAUAUUAUAUUUUUAGAAAAUCCAGCUAACUAUGGCUAAUUACUUUCGACUUUGCCUUAGCUAAACGUGCGCGUUGAUCUCGUAUCAUUGUUUACGCAUGUGCUAUCAACAGCUGACCCAAAGACGUCAUUGUAAUCAUAAAAUCCCAUACUGAAAUCUGUUUAGCUUUGAAUCACAUUUACUUGCUAAUCGAGGAAUGAUGACUAAUUAAUGUGCUAUCAAUGUUAUCUGUAUGAAGACAUUAUUGAUAAACAUAAUCUUAGUAGAACAAGUAGUUAGGUUAGGACUUGUGAGUCUUACCACCGUACUCAGUCAUUUAAUGAUACCUGAACUCAGUCUUUAGCAAUUGUUUUCGCUACAAAAAUGUCUCAAGUUCGACAGUUAGUUAACUGCAAUUAAAUAUUCAUAUAGUAACUCUAACUACUACACUUACUGUAGAGAUGACACAGGUAGAUGUGUGGAGGUGACUUUGAAAAUACUAGCUAUUUAUACCAAUCGAAAUGUUUAUCAGUGACCAAACAAAUUGCACCUUUAUAAAUUGACAAACAUGUUUACCCUACAAUAACACAGGUUGUUGACGGAUUAUUAGAAAAUAUAAAUAGGUAAUAAAGUUGUAUGUGGGAUAGUAGCCAAUGAAAAGAAAACUAACGAAUCAAAACAUAGUUUAUGGAACUUGCAUAACAGAUCGAUAAAGAACCUGAGAUUAUUGUGCAUGCACCGUGACCGAAUAAUCUAAAAUAAAAUAGGUAGAUGCAGAUUAUUAUGGGAAUAUUAGUAAAUGCCAUCUUUAUUAGUAAAACUAAAAGAAUUUGAAAGGUCUACGGCGUCAAGGCUGUUCAGUUUAAAUCAGGCAAAGAGGAAGCUGUCGCGACCAUAUCUUUACGAUUUCACGUUCUUAAACCGUGUAUAGGUAAUUAUGAGAAUAAAUUAAAUAAGGUUUGGGUGUUUUUAAUGGAAAUAAUCAAAUCGAUAAAGUUUAAUCGUUUACAGCUGAACGAUUAAAAAACUAUGUGGUAGUAUUGGUUCAGAAUAAGCACAUUUCGUGUUGGAUUUUCUUUUUACACCUAACGCUAACGGAAUUGAUUGUUAGCAGAUUUUGAGUACGUUCGCACCCAAAUGACACACUGCAGAUGUGAUUCGACCUGUUUAACUUUUUCAGAGAGAUAUAGUGUUCUCGUUUUGCGUUCUGGUUGGAAUGGAUUUCAAUAUUAUCUGUGUUCAGGUAUGCAAAAACUUGUUUGUCUGAUCGGACUACGCUAUACAUUGUGGUUAACGUUUUAAUUGAAGUGAUAUAAUUUAUAGGUAACAAAAUAAACAAAAAGAAUACACAGAAAUAAUCGACCAAUCGAGAAUAACCUUAAAAAGCACAAAAUAGAAUUUCAAAAGUCAUUGGCUUUGGUUUUGUUUACCUUCGCACUCCUAGCAAAGUGCACUACAUUCUCUGAAGUACAUAUAAUAAAGUAACACAAUCGAGGAAAUAAAUUGUUAAGUCCAGUCACGUACCGUACGAGGGGUACCUCGUAUAUGUGCUAGGUUAUGUAGAGUAAUUAAUCAACAAAUCGACUAUUUAACUCGAUAAAUUGUACAAAAUAUCUGUACAACUGUGAUGUGUCCUCUACUAAUUGAUGAUUAUUCAAAAUAAAUUGUUACAAGGUAUUCCCCAGCACUUAAAGCCCAUUAUCAGCUGUGUAUCUGCUCUCAUUGGCUUUGCCACUCAUAUGACGAAUAAUAGCGACCGACGUGCGACGACCAUUUAUUUAAAUGAAAGCGAUAUUGUUGUAAGCAUUUGAAAUCUGAACCAAACAAUCAUAAGAUUUCUUUUUGAUAAAUCCGUUUAUGCCAAUGCUAACGAGUUACAACUUGAUAUUGCAUCAGAUUUUAAAACUUAAUUUUAUUUGAAUUUAAAAAUACAAUCAAAUAGCAGAUGAAGAACACUUAUUUUAGUGAAGUCGAUUGAGAAAAAAUUAACCAUCAGUGUUAGUGGCAUUUUCCAGUUUUUGGAAAGAAAGAAGUUCUAAACUGGCAAAAGUCUGAUGAUAAGAGCAAAUAGAAUGUUUUGGACUGUAUCUAUUUAAGAACAAGUACUUUUGCUUACCGUUCGUGUAUUCAAAGGGUAGAAGACUAAUUAGCAGGAUUAAAAUUAUCCUGUCACUUAUCCAUGGUAACGUACCGAUAACAAUAUCACACACAUAUUAGCUGUCGACAUUCCUAGAACUAUCGUGCCCUCCGCCCCACUGGCAAUUAACAAAUUAAAAUGUGUCGUCACUACAGUAGCUGAUAUCUUGUGCUCAGCUGAUAUCAACAUCGUACGAUGUGAUAAAAUAUUCAUAAACUUAUUUAUAAUUAAUUUGUAAUCAUUUCAUGUGUUAUGCAAAACUUUAAUAGCUAUCAGUAUCCAUCAUACCAAACUAGAUGACAUCUCCGCAGCACACGCAUCAGCUCAUAAAUUAUCAUCACGCUAUUCAGCUGCACGCAUCACAGCAGCAUCCACAUUGUGCGAGUCCUCUCAGUUCUCGGAAGUCGCUGUGAGGAAGUUAUUUAUUUAGCUGUAAAAUGUUAAAACUAACUUAAGGCACUGUUGUGACUAAAUGCGGAAUUUGUGUCGUCUGGUUAGUUGCAUACGAGCAUAGUGCAAGUCGAUGUUGGCGACUGGCCGAAGUUGUAGUCGGCUGUAAAGUAAGUCCCCUUCGGGGCGACUCGUGGAGCGUCGCGUGUCUGCCGAGCCUCCACGUCGGCGUCGCGCCACCCGGCAUCGACCGCUCCCCGCGCCUGUCGCACCACCCGCUAACACCAGACGCAUUCCUCACGCCGACUCCGUGUUUCAUAUCGUUUUAGUCACUCGUGUACUUUCGUGGAGUUCGCGUGUUCCGCUGGUUAACGAAAAUACCGGUUCUCAAAUAAACAUACGAUUUCUGAAAAAAAAAAUAACUUGUCAAACUUCACUCAAAUUUGAUAGAAAAAAAAUUGAGAAAUAUCUUCUAUUAUAAAAGUAUUUUAAUUUUUACUAUUUUGUUAAAUGUUAAAAAAUUUAAUGAUGCCAGUUCCUAAAUUAUAGCUUUAAUAUUUUAUAAUACGUACAGUCAAGUUAUUUAACUUAAAUCGGGAGACAAUAAAUAGUUGAUGAUGUCAGCCUUCACAAUAACCACAACGCUCACGAACGGGCACGGCCAUGUGAACGGUCAGCUGGAGCCUGCACUCAAUGGAUACAGAAAGAAUGGAUUUGUCAAACAGGACAUAGUAGAGCGCACUUCGUUAAGGCAAGCGGCACCAUACAGCACAGAGCCCGAAGCGAUUGCGGAACGGGAAAGAUGUCAUUAUGGACGCAUCCCGCGCGCAGCGGCGCUCGCGGGCACGGCACACCGCAAAGUACGCGUGUACUCAGACGGCAUCUACGACAUGUUCCACCAGGGACACGCCAGGCAACUGCAGCAAGCAAAGACAGUCUUCCCUAACGUCUACCUCAUUGUUGGUGUAUGUAGCGACAGCUUGACACACAGUCGCAAGGGACGCACAGUGAUGACGGAGGACGAGAGAUACGAGGCUGUCAGACAUUGCAGAUACGUCGAUGAGGUGGUAAGGGACGCGCCGUGGGAGUACGACGAGGAAUUUCUAGAGAAACACAAGAUAGACUUCGUCGCACACGAUGACAUUCCCUACACUACGGAGGAUUGUGAAGACACUUACGCACUCAUUAAGGCUAAGGAUAUGUUUGUCGCCACACAGAGGACAGAAGGAGUAUCAACAUCAGACAUAGUGGCGAGAAUAGUACGAGAUUACGAUAUCUACGUGCGACGAAACCUGGCUCGCGGAUACUCCGCCAAGGAGCUAAACGUGGGCUUCCUCAACGAGAAGAAGUUCCGCCUACAAAACAAGAUGGAUGAUCUCAAAGAAAAAGGCAAAAAGGUGAUGACAAACAUAGGUGAAAAGCGAGUGGACAUCCUAACGAAGUGGGAGGAGAAGUCUCGGGAGCUGAUCGACGCGUUCCUGCUCCUGUUCGGGCCGGACGGGCGGCUGUCGAACAUAUGGAACGAGUCCAAGGGCCGCCUCAUGCAGGCGCUCAGCCAGCCGCCCUCGCCGCGCGGCUCCCCGCCACCUGGAGAGAACGGAGACUCACACUCCCCAGUGCACAGUAGGAGCUCAGUAUCGCCGCCCCCGCCCAAGUCGCGUCGCUACGAGACUCUGUACGAGGCGCAAGCAGAUGCAUCGAGCUCUGAACGUGCUGGCGACUCGGAAGCGGCCACACAGCGGCAGCUGACGGACGACGGGUCGGACGACAGCGACGACGAGUACCAGGACACCAGCCCCUACCUCUAGGGCCGUCCACUAAAAUAUUAUAGAAUAAAUUACGUCGUUUAAAUUUUGUAUGCGCGUUGAGUACAAUUGAGCGAGUGUGUCGAUAUUAUGUGAUCCAUAAUAUGAAAUCAUAAAUCUUAAUCCUAUAGUUAUUUAUUUGUCUUGUUAAGUAUUUUAGUUCCCUUUCUCGCCCCAAUAUUAUUGCAGGAUGGCUGCAUGUUGUUAGCACCUAUAAAUACCAUUGUGUAAGAUAUCUGGUGCAAAAUACAUAGAGUUGAGAUAUUAAUUUUAUUUAUAUUAUUAAAUAAUUAGGUGACACUUUUUGACAGUCGAUUAAAAAGGUGCUUAUUAAUGA